AUGGAGUUCAGCCUUCAAAUUUACAGAGAACCAGAGUAUGGGGAGCCGUCUCACUCUCACGCCCGAGAGAGGACUAGCGUUUUCAUUAUUAUUAUUUUUUUCCACAAAGGUGUUUUAGGAGUUUAUGGCAGUAGUUGGGGUGUGCAUUAUGGCUCUUCACAGAUCUGUGCAUUAAAGAACUCAUCAGUGAUAAUGAGCUGCAAUUAUACAUACCCUACUGGAUAUCAGAUCAAUAAAGUGUUCUGGAGCGGAACACUUGUUAAAAAUGUUGAUAAUGAGCUUACAGAUCUGUCUGAAGACCCUGAAUACAGUCAGAGGCUUCAGUAUCUGGGAAAUAAACAGAAGAACUGCACCAUCAGACUGAGUCAUGUGACACAGAAGGAUUCACACAUGUACUAUUUCAGAUUCAUCACUGAUAAACCUGAUGGAAAAUGGACCGGUGAUCCAGGAGUGUCUCUUACUGUCACAGAUCUUCAGGUGGAGUCUCCUGAGACAGUGAAAGAGGGAGAUUCAGUCCGUCUGACAUGUAAAAGCAGCUGCGCUCUGACUGACAGAGCAACAUUCAUCUGGUACAGAAACUCACAGCCAUUAACUGAGAGAAGAGACAGAAACAAUCAACUCCUGCUGCAGUCAGUCAGAAGAGAGGAUGCAGGCAGAUACAGCUGUGCUCUACAGGGACACACUUACAUCUCUCCUGCUGCUCAGCUCAAUGUCACGUAUACUCCAAAGAGUGCCUCAGUGUCCAUCAUUCCAUCUGGUGAAAUAGUGGAGGGAGAUUCAGUGACUCUGAUCUGCAGCAGUGAUUCAAACCCACCUGCAGAAAUCAGCUGGUUUAAAGGAAGAACGAUUGUAGGAUCUGGAAGAAUCUACAGCAUCUCAAAGAUCAGCUCUGAUCACAGUGGAGAAUACAAGUGCAAGUCCAGAAAUAAACAUGGAGAGAAAUACUCUGAUGCUGUGACUUUAAAUGUCAUGUACCCACCCAGGAAUGUUUCAGUGUUCAUAAAUGGAUCUGCUGAAAGAAUGGAAGGAGAUUCAGUGACUCUGAUCUGCAGCAGUGAUUCAAACCCUCCUGCUCUGAACUUCAGCUGGUUUAAGGAGAAUCAAAGCUCCUCUGUUGGAUCUGGACAGAGUUUCAGUGCACUACAGAGUGGACGCUUCUACUGUGAGGCUCACAAUCAACAUGGAUCUAAGAAAUCAGCAGUUAUAUUAGUGACCGUCCAUCAUGGUCUGGAUUGGCCUGUCUGGUUGGGAAUCACAGUGGCAUGUGUUGGAUUAUUCAUAAUCAUCAUGAUCAUCAUCAUUGUGAUGAGAAAACGAAGAAGUACAAAAGCUGAAGUCGACACAGUAAAACAGGAGGAUCUGUACGCUAACGUAAAUGAGAAGAAUGUUCAACUGUCUGAAUCAGCCAUUUGUGAUGAUGCUCUGUAUGCCAGCAUUUUAUACAGCAAAUCUAGAAGAGACACAAAUGAUGAUGCAGAGGAGAUCCAGUACGUGACCGUCCAACAUCACAAAACCAAACCGACACAGAGAGCAGAGGAGAACGAAAACCAGUAUGAAAAUCUCAUGAUUCAACAGCCUGCUGCUGCUGUGAGGCAAUUAGAUGUGGAGACUGUGGAAGAGGUAUCUGUGAUCUACAGCAGCGUUAAAUAAAUGAAAGACCAUCAUGAAGCCUGUGUUUAUACAUCAAUCUGGUCUGCUGGGAAAAAGC